AUGUUUAUUGUCAAAGACUACAACGAAAGCUUAGAUAAUUUCGACAAGAAAUAUCUGGUGCCUGAGCAGACUAGUUUCUACAUGCAUGUGCCAUCGCGCAUAGAUCCGUCUGCAGCUCCCGAGGGCUGCGAUGCUGUGUCAGUCUGUCUCCCUAUCAGUAACUUGCAAGCCGCGUCAAGAAAAUCUUACAGAGGCUUCAAGCAAACGGAUGAGUCUACAAAAUAUUGGGACGAUAUUGUAGUGACGACGCGCGACACAAUUCUCGAAACUGUCAAGGCACGAUUGGAUAUCGACUUGAUUCCUCAUAUAAUCGAGGAAAGCUUCAACACACCACUGACCUAG